CACAUUUGCGAAUGUUCCCCAUAAUUUGUUUUCUAAGAAAAGGCAACCCACUUACAUAAUUUUUUCCUGGGGAAAAAAGUUACUGAUAAUUUCAGCAACUAUUUUGAGGCCAACAAAAGAGUCGAGGGGAAAGUAGCGAGAAAUGAGUUCGUUAACCAAUAAGGACAUCGCAGUGAUACUUUUGGGUAAAACCGGCUACGGUAAAAGUACCACUGGAAACACUAUACUUGAUAGCGACAAGUUUGAAGUAGGUGUAACCCAUACUACAGCAUCAAUCACAAAACUCAUUGACCAUGGUACAUCUAUAAUAAAUGGCUGUAAAUGGACUGUUUACGACACUCCUGGUUUAGUGGACGUCGAGAAAAGUGAGCUGGAGAGCAUACAAAAUGCCGUUGACGAUAUGUCUAGACUUAUGAUUGCAUGCCAUGAACGUAAACAAAUCAAUAUAGUAUUUAUAUUGGUAUACGACAUAAUUAACAAAUUUUCCAAGGAAGACAAAAAAACAUUUGACGCACUAGAAAGUCUAUUUGGAAAUAAAAAUUUCUGGAAGAGAUGCGUACUUGUGCUGACAAAACUCGACGUGUUAGACACCCCGUUUGAUGAGUGGCUCUCCAAGCAGACAGGGUUUUUCAAUGAGCUAGUGGAGAAAUGCGGCAACAAUGUCGUACCAGUGUGUAACAAAGAGACGAAGGAAGAACAAAAGACACUGAAGAGAAGCUCAAGAGAAAAACUUUUGAAGGUGAUAUUAGAACUGGGAAGCUCAGAACCAAGUUACACCUUUGAUGAAUUUAAAUCCUUCGAGAAGCUUCGAAAAGAUGUCAUUCUCCAGUAUGAGCUUCCAUCGCUGGAAACCAAAUACAAUGAAAAAAUCAAUAGAAUCAAAGAAGAACGUUUGAAAGUAAGAAGUAAAAGUCAAAGAGAAGCUGUACUCCAGAAAAUCGCCAUUUUAAAAGAUAGAAUUGUUGACAAAGACAACGGCACGGGGAGACUUCGGACCUACAUAGAGAGUUUAGAUUAUGAAAUUGAAUCCAUCCCUAAUCCGCGGUGCGUUAUUUUGUAGGAUCUUCUAUGUAGUUUGUUUCAUGUCGAGUUGGUUGACUUUGACACGAACUUGAAUGAAAAUUUAUCAUUGCAAAAAAUAUCAGCAAUUUUUAAAAUGUAUAUUUGUUAGUAACAAUGAGUAGUUUGAAAGUAGCUGAUCAUCAUUUAUACUUUUGCACAUAUUUAUAUAUAUUUUUAUAAUUUUAGCACGUUUUGUAUCUUCUUGAUUUCUUGGUAAUACUAAUGAAGAGUUAAGUGGAAGACUCUUGGAACUCUAGGCCCAAGGAAGCUUUCUUCAUCGACCUGUCUGUUCAACUGUUCUGUCAGGGAAUAAUCCAAGAAGAUAUAGAUUUGUCACAACCCUAUGGCUUGUUUCCCAAGACUCUAUAAAACAAUAAACUUAAUCCAAUUAACCAUACUAAAAAAAAUGUCCAUACUAAUAUUUUGAUUAACAAUUUGAAGGGUAGAUUGUUUCUAAUGUUUAUACAUCCUUCUUCUUUCUUCUAGCCAGCUUUAUUGCUGCUGAGCUGUCAGCUCUUUUGCAGAAUGUGCCAAGGAAAAAUAGUGUGCUGUUCUCUUCAGUUGUUCAGCACUGCCAUACAUAACUUUACUUUUAAUAUAUAAUUUCAUCUUAAUAUGCAUAAUUGUGUAUACAAAUAUUUUUGUACCGAUAAAAAAAUUAUGCAUAUGCCAAUAACAUAAGUGAAUUAUAUUUUUAAAAAUUAUUUUUUUUUUGGAAGGAAUAGUUUUAAAAUUUAAAAAAGGAUAAAUUUCAAAAUGUAUUGUCACGAGUAGUUUUGUAUUCUAACAAAGCUUAAUUCAACUCACUCUGUCUAGUAAAAAGUGUGUACACGUUAUUUCUCCCACACCCAUUGAGAUCAAGCUGAAACUUUGCAUUCAUUAGCAUAGACAAGACAUGAAUCUGUUUUUAGAAAGUAACCAUUUAGACAAUACACAAUUUUAUUUACUAGCUACAAGGAAAACUAAUGCUUUAGCAUUCACAGAUGUCUAAAUUUGUUGGGCUUAGUGGCCUUAAAUAAUUGUUAACGCUAUUUCUCGCUCACUCCUUCUCCGACCAAGUUGAUACAAUUAAUUAUUGUACCUAACAAAAUAUGAAUCAAUGAACAAAAAUGCUCCAUUAGUCAACUGAUUAUUGGUAAUUAAUUAUUUUGUUUAAUAUCGAAUAACAGAAAAAAACGUGUACAUUAUUGAUAUAGGUUUAAGGACGGAGUUCUUCCCUUUUAGAUAAGCUUUUUGUUUACACUUUGCUUGUUUUCUUCUCUUCUCUAUUAAUAGUGUGAUUUUAUUUUCUAUUCUGCACAUUGAGAAAAAAAAAAAGGGGGGGGGCGAUAAGCGCCGUUUUCUUAAUUGUGAGUUAUUCGCUACGUCAUAACUUUUACUGACGGUAGUUUGUCAACGGGUGUUCGUGAUAACAGUUCACUAACUUAAGUUUGGUAAAACGGGCGGCGUUUCUGUUCCUGAAACUAUUCUUUGCUUUAUAUAAACAAAUGAACAGCUUCAGUGCCAGUGCCAUAUAUUAAUUUGAAGGACAUUUUGACCCCUGUGUAUGGUGAAUCUUUUUGUAAUAUCGCUAUCAUAUGUUCUAUGAAGUUUCAACUACUAUUUCUAGGCUUAGAAUUGACGCGUUUUUUUCUUUUUGGGUGUCUCUCAGGCUGAACCUAGGGACCAUAUUUGUUUUAUACUAUUAGGCAAUCUAAUGAAACAUUUACACACAUAUAUUUCACUAGAAAACAUAUGAUUGUUAGAAGUAAAAUUUCAUUUAAACAUAUAUAUUAGAAUAUAUUAACAACAUACCUCUGUGUCUUGACAUGUAUAAUCAAAGUCUCAAAUAGAUAUUUUUAUUAUGAAAAACUUAUUUUUUUGACCACAAGACCUCUGGUUGGGACAGUUGAGGACCAGUGAACUCUUCCAAUCGAAUAGAUUCUCUUUUUGGAAGCGCAAUGGUCAUUUCAUGUGUUCACGUCGCACAGUACUUGCUUGGCAAAGUUGUCGAAUCAGAGGUCUUUGGUUUGUGCCUUCAUUAACCUAUUUAAUUUAUAUUUUUUUCUUUUUAAAAAUAUGUAACUUCCACUAUAUAUGUAAUAUGCUCAAAUUAUUCUAACAUAUAAUGUAUGUUAUUCACGGUUUAUGACUUGGGCUUAAUGUCAAAUUGUAAAAUAUUGAGCAUGUGAGAGUCUAGAAAGAUGAUGGCUGCCUGGUGGUAUGAUAUGCGCUCUGGACUGUUGUCUCGAAGGUCAUAGGUUUAAAUCCUCUCCGCUUCCAUAUCCCGCCGUACUACUGGAGCUUUGGGCGAGUUUGUAGUAAUGUUCAAUCUUGAAGGAACAUCUGAAACAUGUAAAAUAAACAAACAAGUAAGCAUGAGAGUAACAAAAUAGCCAAGAAGAAUAUUUUCCAAAUAGACUAAUGUGUUUUUUAAAGAUCUCCACCGAAGCUAUUGUGUAAUUAACUGAAAGAAAGAAAAUAAAGAUCACAUUCAAUAUGGAAGCGUAUACAAAUGCUAUACACUGAGCUAAGUCUUGAAAACUGAACAUGCUAGUCAGCUAGUGCAUACAGAGUUUGUUCCCUGUAAUGCAAGCACAAUCAAAUUAUCUUAAAUACCUCUACGUAAUUUUUCUUUAUAUCAUAUUUUAUUGAUUGCACUUAGAUAUCUUCUUACAUAUCACUAAUUUGUUUUGAAAACUAGAGAAUAGAAUUAAACUUAAAUUUGACAAAUAAAAA